AUGACUACUGAAGAUAUUUCGAAAGAUGAAAGUCAAUCGUUUCCUCAGGGGGUUGAAAUUGAGCCGAUAUGUGGAAAUCUCGAAAGUGAAAGCCUUGAAAUCAAAAUUGUGAUCUCUAAUAAAGAGAAAAUCGAAUUGACGGUCUCUCCAAACGAAAUUGUUCAAGAAAUUCAUCGUGCUAUAACAGAGCGUGAGGAUUUUUGCCAUCGCACCUGCUUUUAUCUGACAUUUAACAACGUAAAACUUGAUCUAUAUACCGAUAUAAAGUCCAUUGCUGGUCUUAAAAAUGGUUCUGAAAUUCGCUUGGUUGAAGGUAAUUGUAAUCUUAACCUUAAAACAUUUUCAGAUCAAUAUUGUGGUCUCGAGGCUCGAAAUCAUAUUAGACAUGUCCUCGAUAUAAUGAAUUCCCUCAAGCCUUUUGAUGGAUAUACCGGCAAGGAUAACUUGUCUCCGACUUUCUUUUCCACAAUUGUUGCAGAUAAAAUAAAAACUGAAAGUCAUCAGGGUUUGAGCCUCGAUCUCCCCAGUUACAUCACUGCUAAACAACCUUUAGCUGAACCGCCUUUAAUCCCCCUGCAUCCGAUUAACGAAGCGGAUGCAGGCAUUGACUGCCUCAAGCAGUUAGUUCUCAGUAAUUACAAUCCUCCAACUGCAGCUCGUCGUAUGGCCGGUGAUUUGCUUUAUCUUGAGGUUACUUUCAUUGAGAAUAAGUGCUGUCAUAUUACUGCUUCUACUAGAGGGUUCUUUGUUAAUCAGUACGUUCCUAUUUCCAAUCUUUCACUAAAAAUUUUUAGAUCGACUGAUGAGGUAUUCGACCCAAGACCUCUAACGAAUGGUACUACUAUGCACUCCAUUGUUGACCUCUUUAAAAGCCUGAGUAGCAAAUUCAAAACUGGUUUUGAAGCAAUACUCAAAAAGAGGUCAAAAAUGAGUCCAUAUGAACGGUACCCAGGUCCUUAUCGGGUGAAUUCGUGGUUGGCUCCGUCUCUGCCGCAUACGGCGAAUUCGCUUCGCAAAGAAGAAGCGUUUACAAUCCGUCUAGCCUUUGAAGAGAAUCUUCCUGGAAUGACUCGCGAUUGGAACGAUGAAUUACAGGCCACUCGUGCCCUAACUGAGAAUGAGCUGCUUCGUGAUCGAGCUGUAUUCAAAUCAAACAGUGAUUUUGUUGCUUCUUCUGUUCGCACUGCUAUGAACGUUGUCAACGGUGAGGUUCCGGCCAUAAACCCGGGUGAAAAUCGUCGCCAACAAAUGUUUAUCUGGAAUAAUAUGUUCCUAUCUCUUGGUUUUGACGUAAAAGAGCAUUAUAAAGAGCUUGGCGGCGAUGCUGCUGCUUAUAGAGCUACUAGCUGUGAUUUGAAUGGCGUUAAAGCCUAUUCUAACCUUCCAUUCAAUGGUCUUUGUACUCUUGGAACUGCACUUGUUGAUUAUCUUGGUUAUCGUGUUACUGCACAAACGAUCAUCCCUGGAAUUCUCGAAAAAGAUCAAGAGCAACUUAUUGUUUAUGGGUCGAAUGAUUUUGGCAAAAGUGUAACUGAUGAUGAUCGCUACUCAAAGCUCCUUUCUGAUUCUGCUGAUGCACUAAAGAUUCGACCUCACAAGAUUAUUGGCAAAGAUGGUAAGGUCAUUGAACUGAAAUCAUCGGUUGAUUGCAAGGGUAUAAUUGGAAAUGACGAUCGAACUUAUCUCCUUGACUUUUUCAACAUCUUCCCUCCGGACGUGAAUUACUUAGGAGGUGCACCAAAGAACGCACGACCUGUGCUUUCUAAGACGAUGCAGGAUCUCGGUUAUCCCUACAAACAUCCUCAUCUCCUAUCAUGUGUUCGACAAGAAUUGGUUGAAGCCUUUUGCGAAGUGAAGUUGGAGGCUUUCACAAUUGAGACUUGCAGAGAAUACCGCAAGUUGAUUCACGCACAAAACGGGGAAAAUGACGAAGGCAAAGGUAAGCCUGGUGCUCAAGUAAAUGGAGAAAACAUAGCCAUCUCUAUCGAGGAAGAGGAAGAAUACUAUGCAGUUAUGAAGCCUGCCAUUAAAACGGCUAUGGCUGAGGAGCCAGAGGAUCCCAUAAUGAAACAGGCUCUUGAAAAAACUUUGGAGCGGUUCCCAAUUUUUGAUCAAAACUACAAGAUACUCUUUAAUCCUGAUGCCUACAAAACUGCAAUCACGUUCGCUGAAGAGGAGAAACCCAAGCUAGAGAAUGACAAGAAGCUCAUCAAUGACUUAUGUGAAUUCUUGGUUCUCGAACAAAUUCCUUCCCUCAUUCGUGACUGUUCAACUUUCACUGUCAUUCCCCAAGAUGGGAAGACUAUUGUGGAGAUUAUGCACCAACGGGGUAUUAAUGCACGCUAUCUGAAUAGAAUUGCCAAAGAGCUUCAAGACAAACCAAAUCUUGAAUACCUUCUCAAUAUGACGAAAUGUGAAAUCGUGGUGCGAGCUGCCAAGCAUUUAUUCAAAGCCUACAUGCAAGAUGUUGAUCAAGUUUGCCUUUCUGCUGCUGUAGCUCAUUUCCUCAACUGUUUCCUCACGACUCAAACGAACCUUCAACCUCUUAAUGGCUUGGAUGCGCUUGUCCCCAAACUUCCAAAGGCAAAGUCCGCUAGAAGACGCGGAAAGGCAGUAGUUUCACCCAAUACUCCACUCGAAAUGAUGUGGUCUACGGAAACGGUGGCCACAUUGUGGGCUAAAUUAAACAAAGAGGUCAAGUCCUACUUUCAUUUUGAUUUGGGAGUAACAAAUAUGGAUGAAUUUCUAAAGAGUACCUCGCAAUUACGUCUAACAAUGCUUCGUGCGUUCUGUCGGACAGUUGGAAUUCAAUUAGACCUUCAGGACUAUUUCACUAAGAUCAGAUCACCUGACAUAUUCAGUGUCGAGGAUAUCGUUGGAGUGAAUCCAAUUGUGAAACACUUGGAGCCGCGUCCUCUUCAUGCACAUAGGGUAUUCGCUUCGGCUCAAAAGAAAAUCACCGAAGGCAAAUUGGAAGAGGGUUUCUCAGCUAUGUUGGAAGCCGUUAAUCUCUUUACAGCUGUUUAUGGACCUCUUCAUGAGGACAUUGGAGCUUGCAAUCGUAUUCUUGCCCGACUUUCAUACGUCCUGGGUACUAGGCAUAAUGCCCUACAAUAUCAGACACAAGCUACUCUUAUUUGCGAGAGGGUUCUUGGAGUUGAUCAUCCUAGCACUGCUGCUGAAUAUGCAAGUUCUGCUUUCCCUAUUGCCUCUUGUUUCUUUGUUAUCUUAAAGUAUGACGAUCUGAGCCACUUGGCCCAUUACUGUUUCGCAAACAACAACUUUACUGCGGCAAUGAAUGCGCUCUGUCGAGCCCGCUAUUUAGCUGUUCUUUGUCAUGGCCCAAUACACCCGGAGAUCGCUCAAAUUGAUGUCAAUCUUGGUCUUCUACUGCAAGUCGGUAGGCAAUUCGUUCCGUCAGUUGAAUUUCUUGAAAAUGCCCAUAGGUUCCAUGGCGAAACUUCUUUAAAGGUCGCUUUCACAGCGCACUUACUGAGUUGUGCAUACUGCUACUUAGAUAGCAUGAGUGCUGCCGUGAAUUAUGCGAAGGAGCGUGUAGCUAUUUACUCCAAACAUUUUGAGAAGGGUAAUCAAUUCCUCUUGGACAGUGAAGCCAUCGUUAGCCACAUGCUUAGAAGAGUUCAUACUGAAAAAACGCUUUUGGAGUCACCUCCCACUCCUCCUCAGAUCCUGGAUGUGAUGAAUCGCAUCAAUGGCAUCUUCUACAUCACAUUUGGCAAAUACCGAUACUUAUAUAGAAUUGCGCCCAAGAAGCGAUCAAGGAAAAACAAGGAGGCCGGUGGAACCUUAAAUGGAACAAUGGAAACUAAUUCCACUCUUACUAUCGAAGAAUGCACAACUGUGGCCCGCGGCGAAGAAGAGGCUACUUUAGUAGGAACCGCUUAA